AUGCCCCGAUGCCCCGCCGGGGCCAUGGACGAGGGGCCCGUGGACCUGCGCACCCGGCCCAAGGCCCCCGCACACCCCGGAGCCGCGCUGCCGCUCCGCAAGCGGCCCCUGCGCGGGUCCGAGCCCCAGCCCGCAGCCCCCCGCGGCGCCCCCGGCCCGCUGCUCCCCGCCGAACCCCAGAUCUGCGGCUCCGGGCCCCGAGCCGCCUCGCCCGCCCUGCCCGCCCAGCCACCGCCCGGCCUGGUGCGGCCCGAGGCGCUCUACUACCCGGGGCCUUUGCUGCCUCUGUACCCCACUCCCACCAUGAACUCCCCUUUUCCCCUGCUGAGCUUACCAACGCCCCUGUACCCCAUGAUGUGCUCCAUGGAACACCCUCUGUCAGCCGAUAUCGCCAUGGCCACCUUAGCCGAUGAGGACGGAGACACGCCACUCCACAUCGCCGUGGUUCAGGGAAAUCUACCCAUUGUGCACCGGCUGGUCGCCCUCUUCCAUCACGGAGGCCGGGACCUGGACAUCUACAACAAUCUACGGCAGACCCCACUGCACUUGGCUGUGAUCACUACAUUGCCGGCUGUGGUUCGGCUCCUGGUGAUGGCUGGAGCCAACCCGAUGGCACUGGACCGCAACGGGCAGACGGCUGCCCACUUGGCAUGCGAGCACCGCAAUGCCAACUGCCUGCAAGCCGUGCUGGACAGCGCUGCCCCCGGCAUGGUGGACUUGGAGGCUCGCAAUUUCGAUGGGCUCACAGCCUUGCAUGUGGCCGUGAAUACCGAGUGUCAUGAAGCUGUCAAAUUAUUGCUGGAGCGUGGAGCAGACAUUGAUGCAGUGGACAUCAAGAGCGGUCGCUCACCGCUCAUCCAUGCUGUGGAGAACAAUAGCCUGAACAUGGUGCAGCUGCUACUGCAGCACGGCGCCAACGUGAACGCCCAGAUGUGCUCGGGCAACUCGGCGCUGCACUCGGCGUCGGGCCGCGGGCUGCUCCCGCUCGUGCGCACCCUGGUCCGCAGCGGCGCCGACAGCGGCCUCAAGAACUGUCACAACGACACACCACUUAUGGUAGCGCGCAACCGCCGGGUCAUAGACAUCCUGCGGGGAAAGGCCACGCGGCCCCCCGCGCCUGCACCCCAGCCUGAGCCCUCCCCGGAGCGCGGGUUCACCCCCUCUCCUGAAAGCAGCGGCCUCCUCAGCUCCAAUGGUCUGCUGUCCGCCUCGCCCGCCUCUUCGCCUUCCCAGUCUCCUCCCAAGGAUUUCCCCGGAUUCCCCCUGGGUCCCCCCAGUUUUUUCCUUUCUCCCUCCUCUCCACCUGCCUUCCUGCCCUUUGCCGGAGUCCUCCGAGGCCCUGGCCGGCCAAUGAUCCCCUCCCCAGCUCCAGGAGGCAGCUGAGAGGAAUGGGGAGGGCAGAUGUCGGACUCAUACGGAGGGACCCCCCCCCCCCCAGGCCCAAUAGGGCCAGCCCUCCUGGAAACUGUGAAGCGCUCAUUCUGCCCUCCCCCACCAAUCUUUGGGACCAGGAUUU